CGGAGGGCAGCGUGAGCCAGAUCCUGGGCCGCUUCCGCCGGACGGGGUCCCUGCAGCCCCGGGCGCUCCGAGGGGGGCGCCCCCGCUCCUCCGCCGCCGCCGCCCCCGCCCUCGCCGCCCUCCUCGCCGCCCCCGGCGCCCCGACCCGACCCUCCGCCCCGGACCUGCGACGGCGCCUCCGCGAAGAAGGCCUCUGCCCCGACGAAGCGGCGCUGCCCAGCGUAAGUAGGGAGGGGGAAGGGGAGGGGGUCCCUCUCUUGCGGACUAGGGGGGGGGGUGUUUGGGGAGCUGCUCUCCAACAGCCAAAGGCUCAAACUCGGCCAGAAGUGUGGAAGCCCCCGGCCCCGCUCCCUCCCGAGUGGCGGGCUGCAGGGAAGGGUAUUUCCACGCCAUCGCAUUAGACGUCACAAAAUCCGACCACGUUCCCUGGUUUGAAAGUGUUGUUUUCUGUCUAAUGGUGUCGUCCUUACUUUGCAAGUAGCGGUGAUGUCCGAGAAAUUCCAUUUUCCUGCCUGGCGGAGGGUGGUCCUAUCAUUUCCUUCAUCCAGACCAGGCAUAGAAAUGCAUUCUGGGUAGGAAAGGUCUUGGAGCUCACUAGCUUACUAAUCUCAUCUUCUAAAGGGUAAAAAGCCCAUGCGGCUGCAUUCUGCCGAGGGAGGGGCCCAAUGUGCACCCUCCUCGCAGGGAGAAAGAAAGGCGAAUGGCCGCAGGGCCAGCCCAGGGCAGCAAAACUUUAAAUGGAAGUUGCCUCAUAGGAUUCCAUUGCUACAUCAUCAAAGGGGGGGGGGGAGUGGCUGGCAGGAGGGAGAAAGAGAAAGCCCUUUUGGGAAACAUGCAUAAGAAUGUGGGGGAGGGAUCCCUCAGCUUUCUGGCCUGGCUCCUCGUUGAGGACCGGACCCUUGAUGGCACAAGAGACUUGUGCACUUCAAGGAUGAGACUUUAUUUCUUCCCCACCAUCUCCCCCAGGGACUGGGAUGGGCUUACAAAGAGCACACAAAGAUGCUAACCACGAAAUACAUAAUACAGCAGAGUCUCACUUAUCCAACAUAAACCGGCUGGCAGAACAUUGGAUAAGCGAAAAUGUUGGAUAAUAAGGAGGGAUUAAGAAAAAAGCCCAUUAAACAUAAAAUUACAUUAUGAUUUUACACAUUAAGCACCAAAACAUCAUGUUUUACAAGAAAUUGACAGAAAAAGCAGUUCAGUACACAGUAAUGUUAUGUAGUAAUUACUGUGUUUACGAAUUUAGCACCAAAGUAUUGCAACAUUGACAACAAAAACAUUGACAAGGCUGACUGCGUUGGAUAAUACAGAACACUGGAUAAGCGAAACUUGGAUAAGUGAGACUCUAUUGUACAUAAUUUCCCUGAAUGAAAAUAGGCCAUUCCAAACCUUUCAGUGUGCAAACCUUUAAACGACCACAAAGAUCAACUUUGGGCAGUUUAAAUAAACUUUCUUCCCGUGAGGAAAUAAUGACCUUGAGAACCCAGGAGCCAAACGCUUCGUGUCAGGGAGUGCAAUGGGGAAGAGAGGAAGGAGCAGGGGGGGGGGGCGGGGGCGGGGGGGGGGGCGAAGCAGGCCUGGUGGGGGUCACGAGGCCCCAGGGAGGGCGGGGCCUGGGACCCAGGGCUCCCUCCUCCUCGCCCUCCCCCUCCUCCUCCCGCCUCUCUCUCCCUCCCUCCCCAGGUCUCCUCCAUCCGCCGCCUCCUCCGGAGCCUGGAGAGCGGCGCCCCGGUCCCGGUCCCGCGGGGCCCCCCGCCUCCUCCUGCGUCGGAAGGUGAGGGAGGGGCCCCGAGUGGGAGGGUCUGGGGGCGGGGCUUGCCCGGCGGAAUGUCUCACGCCCCGCCCCUUUGCCUGGCAGGAGGUGGAGGGGGCGCCCCCCGGCCCCCCCGCCGGAGCAAGACGGCCUUCUCCCCGCGGCAGCGCCGGGCCCUCGAGGCGGGUGAGUGAGCGAGCGAGCGAGCGAGCGAGAGAGAGAGAGAGAGAGAGAGAGAGCGGGGCGCAGGCGGGCGCCUGGACGGCAACCUCCGAGCAGGCCUGUAGCCAGGAUUUUGCUCCGGGAGGGGCUGGGAUUUUGGUUGGGGGGGGGGGGGCUGAGUCUGAGCGGGAGAGGGUCUACCCUAGCAAACCUUUUGCAUCAUUGUCCCAAUAUCCCCAUUCAUAUGGGAUAAUAUAUGGAGCAUGGGGAUCAGAUCAUGAUAUGAAUAAACAUAACAGUUUAAAUAAUAAAUGUAAGGCCUUCUCAAGAACCACCUUGAGAAUUUCGGGGGGGGGGGGCAGAAGCCCCUCAAGCCCCCCUCCCUGGCUACAUGCUUGCCUCCGAGGGUGUCCCUGUUCCUCGAAGGGGCUUCUUCCUCCCGCAGCCUUCCAGCGCGGCCCCUACCCGGAGGCGUCCGCGCGAGCGAAGCUGGCCCAGGAGGCGGGGCUGCCCCUCCCCGCCGUCACCGUGAGUCGCCCUCCCCCUCCCCCUCCCCCCGGGCCCUGGGCCUCGACUGCCCCUCCCCCGCUGACCCCUCUCCUCCCCCCAGGCCUGGUUCUCCAACCGGAGGGCUCGACGGCGGAGGGAAGCCCAGGCCGCCCUGGACCCCGAGGACCCCGGAGGGGGUCUCUGCUCCGGCUCCUCCUGCUGCUUCUGGUCCGGAGAGGAAGUGGCCGUGCCACCGUGCCCCUGCUGCCCCCCCCCCCCCGACGGAAGGAAGCCCCCCCUGCCUUGACCUCUGCCCUGCAAGUUGGGGCCUUCAAUGACUGA